GAAACGGACUAUGUCGCCAUCUGCUGGCUAUAGUGUGACAAUGACCGGAAGCACGUAGAAUCCGAAUGUUUGGUUUCAUCGAAGCUUCAAAUGUGACCUGACUGCUUCUGUUCACACUCUCUCAACCUACCAAGCAGCAGUCGACAACAGGCCGCUGACAAAUUGAUGUGGUGGGAGGUGACAGGAGCAGUCCAGUUGGGGCAAAGCAGCUGUCCAAGUGUUUGGCCCGUUGCCAUGAAGCAGCAGGGGUGAAUUCCAAGCUGAGUCUUCUGGGACGUCUCCGAGAGGAAAGCAUCCCCCAGGACCGUCUUCACCUGCCAGGCUUCUCGCCCCGAGUCCCGCUCAGCAUCCCGGGGCCAGACGUAGCUUCAGCUUGUUGUCAGGCUCCCUCGGGGGCCCCGGGAGAGAGCCAAGAGCUCCAUCGUCUUUUGCUGGACACAAGAUGGAUACAAUUCCCUCUGUUAAAGUGGACAAAGUCGAGCUGCAGACACAUUUGAGUUGAAGUAUGUGUCUGUAAAAGUCUUGGUGAUGUAUUGACAUACUGACAUGGACAGUAUCUUCUUUUCAACAUGAGAGAAUCACACAGGGCGGCGCUUAGCCAUCAAUCCUAAGGCAUAACAUACGUGUCGUCUUGUUAACCCUUUCAGUUUGUUUUAUUGGGCCAAUGAGGCUGCGGGGCUUUCACCAGGAUCCUGGAGUGCGUCAGAUUGUCUGCGGGCCUAUGUUUGGAUAAGGCAGCAUGUCCAUUGUCUCUGAUGACCCAGCUGGGCCGAGGUAUGCCCGCAUAGUCCUGAAAUAGAAAGACAGCUGAGAGCUGCCUCGCAUAGUGAGGGCAGGACCGGCCGCGCUCGCCGGGCCUACGGACUCAGACGACAACGAGAGAUGUGGCUAUUGUCUGGAGCCAGUGGCUAACAGUUUCAAGACUGAUUAGCUUUUCUGCAGGGGUGGGGCUGGGCUAUGCGACUGGAUGUCAUGAGGCCACAGUCGGUGUGGAAGAAUAAUUGGGGCUUUAGGGCGCAUUUGUGCCACGCGCCAGCCCGUCUCCAAUGUGAUGACCCGAUGGCUGAGGGCUGAGCCCACAGCGCUGCUGCAAUGCAUUCUGGUCGGGUGCAAGGCGUUUACAAAAAUAUCCACCGCCGACGAAUGCUUUGAUCCAAACGCCACCUCGCCGACCUUUUUAUUGUAUGAGCUGUUGUGAUAGUUGCUUUAUUUAGACGCAAUGUUUAAAACAGGUUCGCAGCACAAGGUGAAAUAUGAUAAAUGGUGAAAGCGUGGCUCGCCAAUGAAAAGCAUGGUGCACCAAAUUUUGGGACCGGUUGGAAAUUCGGAGGAUUUUGACAAUUUAAAAAGAAAAAAAAAAUGGUAUUCAAACGAUAAUCAAUUAUCAAUUUAAAAAUCGAUUAGUUGUCGAUUAAUCAAUUAGCCAGAACGAGUAUUCGAAUCAAUGCAUGGAAAAAGCAGUUGAGAACAAAUGCACUCGUGGCCUGGCUACACCGUAUUUUGAUCAUCAUCAAAUAUAUACAAGAUUUUUUUGAAAGGCACCAGCAGUUGCUUUCAAUUUUACAUUUUGGUAUUUCACUCAGUGAUUAACGACGGCACCUGUGCAGAGGUCCAACACGAAGAUCGGGUUGGGCUGCGUCAAGUACGAUUAAGCACUGAUGAAAACGACGGCGGCCGUAAUUCCCAAUCUCUCUCCAUCUCGCCGCCUAAUCCCGCAGGCAUUCGGCUCAUGAUGAUCUAAAACAACUGUCAGCGACGCACAGAUCAAGUCUCCGCGCCCAAAAUGUUGGCUCCUCGCUUGGACAUCAGCGACAGGACAGCCGGGCUGAUGGAGCUCCAAGCUAACAUUUUGGAGAGAGGCCUUGACUUGAAGUUGUUUUAUACAAGAAGGUAAUUUAAACCUGCACAAAUGUUCAAUCGUGAAAACAGGAGCAUUGACGGCCCCGGCCACAUGAGUGUAAAUGAUUUUGAGGAACACUGGGGAUGUAAGAAGAGCUCUGACCCGAACAAGUCAGCUGUCGUGGAAGGUUGCGGUCUAGUGGUGCAGAGAGAUGGGCUGGACUUAUUUAAAGCCAGCAGCUCGGGGGACUUUGGGAUUCAUCUCCUCCUUCUGUGUUAUCAGCAUGGCACCAUUUCAAACGCAGCAGCGAGUGACAUAGUACAAAAAGCAGCCCGGGCCACUCUGAAGAGGCUCGCCUCCCAGAAUAGCUCUAACCAGGCCAGCUCUAUCUCACUGAUGCCCGACAAGGUUUGAGCCAUCGCACCGACACCUUGUAGUCUGCCGCCGCAACAGAUAACGCCAUCCGCAAAGAUGGCCGCCACUGGCUUCCGAGGCCCACUUCACUUGGGUGAUGGCUCGUCAAUGUUUGGUUUCGCCGCAUAUGAUUUUUAUUGAGGUGCUUUUGCAAGUAUUAGGCCGCGGUGGCCAGUCGAUGUCCCGCUGAGGAAUUCCGGACUCUGGCUUUGUCUAUUCUGAGAACCCGUGCUCCUGUGAACUGCCCCCACCAUAUUAUGCUCUAACCCUUCAACUUGCUUUCAAGGUCAGAUUAGGCUCGUGACAAAAAGACCCCAUAAAACAGAAGACGUCAAGAGAGGGCCAAACAUCAGAAUUUGAGGAAAGUCACAUUGUCAAUUUGUUGCACCACACCAUCAUUCUCUCUAUUAAUAAAAAGCUGCGUAUUUAUAGUAACUUGUUUAAUGCCCCACGGCUCCCAAAAUAAUCCUAUAAAGUUGCAUCCUCGCAAGGGCCAAAAUACAAUCGCAAACAUCCCAAGCAACUUAAACAAUCCAAGUUGCUGAUUGCUUUGAACUGAUGAAGAUACAAGCACUCAUUUGUUCUUGCUAUUUUGCCACAGGCCUUCAUUUCUUUGUUUUAAAGGUGCAUGGAGGCAAGUCUGGCUCAGCCUGGCAACGACGCAGCCUCAAACACUAAACUUGCGUCAAACGUUAAAAAUGAAGUAUUCUCGUCUGUGGCUCCGGCGUGUGGAGUGCACGAAAUAAGUCAGUGACCAAAAUAGCCCGCUUGGGUUUAGCGCAAUGACAAAAACGUUGCUUUCCUUUUGUGUCAAUUGAGACUGGCGCUCAGCACCAAUGGGCGCUGGAGGAGGCGGCAUAAACUAAUGAGGGACAAAUGUCCACUGCCCGUGACCUUGACGACACGCUAUAAAGUGGGCCGCUCACUUCUCACCCUGCUGUUAUUUCCUCGUGUGUGUCUCUGCAAGUCACCGGACAGCUCUUUGCCUAGGAAACACACGUCGUCUGCUUGACUGGGCCUGGCUGUUAGGAAGGUGGAACCAUGUCCCGUUUUGACAAGAGAGAGUUCGGGGAAGCGGCCCCCUUUUUACGCAAGUCGGAGUUGGAGCAACUCACGGCGCAAACGAUCGCUUUUGACGGGAAGAAGCGAGCAUGGGUCCCCGAUGAGAAAGAGGCGUACAUUGAGAUUGAGAUCAAGGAGCUCAGUGGGGACAAAGUCAUUUGUCAGACCAAAAAUGGAAAGACUCUGACUGUGAAGGACAGCGACAUCCAGCAGAUGAACCCUCCCAAGUACGACAUGAUAGAAGACAUGGCCAUGUUGACGCAUCUCAACGAAGCCUCGGUCCUCUACAACAUGCGCAGACGCUACUCGGCUUGGAUGAUCUACACCUACUCGGGCCUCUUCUGCGUCACGGUGAACCCGUACAAAUGGCUGCCGGUCUACACGCCACCUGUGGUCGCCGCCUACAAGGGCAAACGGCGCUCGGAGGCGCCCCCGCACAUCUACUCCAUCGCGGACAAUGCCUACAAUGACAUGCUGCGCAAUCGGGAAAACCAGUCCAUGUUGAUCACCGGAGAAUCCGGUGCUGGCAAAACUGUCAACACGAAACGUGUCAUUCAGUAUUUUGCCAUUGUGGCAGCUCUUGGGGAUACCUCUGCUAAGAAAGCACAAGGUCCUGCCACUAAGACAGGGGGCACUCUGGAGGAUCAGAUCAUCGAAGCCAACCCUGCCAUGGAGGCAUUUGGGAAUGCCAAAACAUUGAGGAAUGACAACUCAUCCCGUUUUGGAAAGUUCAUCAGGAUCCACUUUGGGCCUACUGGCAAACUGGCUUCUUCUGACAUUGAUAUAUAUCUUCUGGAAAAAUCCAGAGUGAUUUUCCAACAGCCGGGUGAAAGGAGCUACCACAUUUACUACCAGAUCAUGUCUCAGAAGAAACCAGAACUAUUAGACAUGCUGCUGGUGUCCUCCAACCCGUACGACUAUCACUUCUGCUCUCAGGGGGUGACCACUGUGGAGAACUUGGAUGACGGGCAGGAGCUGAUGGGCACCGAUCACGCCAUGGACAUCCUGGGCUUCUUGCCGGAAGAGAAGUAUGGCUGCUAUAAAAUAGUGGGCGCUAUCAUGCACUUCGGCAACAUGAAGUUCAAGCAAAAGCAGCGAGAGGAGCAGGCAGAGGCGGACGGCACUGAAAGUGCCGACAAGGCCUCGUACCUGAUGGGGGUCAGUUCAGCUGACCUCAUUAAAGGUCUCCUCCACCCAAGGGUGAAAGUGGGCAAUGAAUAUGUGGUCAAGGGACAAAAUGUCGAGCAGGUUAACUAUGCCGUAGGCGCUCUGGCCAAAGCAACAUACGACCGCAUGUUCAAAUGGCUGGUGGGCCGGAUAAACCGGACCCUCUAUACCUCACUGCCCCGCCAGUUCUUCAUUGGGGUGCUGGACAUCGCUGGCUUUGAGAUCUUUGACCUCAACAGCUUCGAGCAGCUAUGCAUCAACUUCACCAAUGAGAAACUGCAACAGUUUUUCAACCACCACAUGUUCAUCCUUGAGCAAGAGGAGUACAAGCGGGAGGGCAUCGAAUGGACCUUCAUCGACUUCGGCCUGGACCUUCAAGCGUGUAUCGAUCUCAUCGAGAAGCCUCUCGGCAUCAUGUCCAUCCUUGAAGAGGAGUGCAUGUUCCCCAAGGCCUCAGACACCAGCUUUAAAGCCAAGUUGUUUGAUAACCACAUUGGCAAGUCUCCAAAUUUCCAAAAGCCACGUCCGGACAAGAAGCGCAAGUAUGAAGCCCACUUUGAGCUCGUGCACUACGCAGGAGUCGUGCCGUAUAACAUCUUUGGCUGGCUGGACAAAAACAAAGACCCACUGAAUGAGACAGUGGUGGGCGUUUUCCAGAAGUCCGCAAACAAGCUGCUAGCUUCUCUGUACGAGAACUACGUCAGCUCAGACUCAGAUGUGAGAACCGGGACCAAAGAGAAGAGGAAGAAGGGAGCCUCAUUCCAGACGGUGUCUCAGCUGCACAAGGAAAAUCUGAACAAGCUGAUGACAAAUCUGCGCAGCACGCAGCCUCACUUUGUGCGCUGCAUCAUCCCCAAUGAGACCAAGACUCCCGGCGUCAUGGAUCCGUUCCUGGUGCUGCACCAGCUUCGCUGCAACGGGGUGCUGGAGGGCAUCAGGAUCUGCAGAAAGGGCUUUCCCAAUCGCCUUCUCUAUGGAGAGUUCAAACAGCGCUACCGUAUCCUAAACCCACAAGCCAUCCCAGAUGACAAGUUUGUAGACAGCAAGAAAGGUUCCGAAAAAUUGUUAGCCUCCUUGGACAUCGACCAUAACCAAUAUCGAUUUGGCCACACAAAGGUCUUCUUCAAGGCCGGCCUGCUCGGCCAUCUGGAGGAAAUGAGGGAUGAGCGUUUGGCCAAGAUUCUGACGCUGCUGCAGGCGGUUGCUCGAGGCACGCUCAUGAGGAUGCUUUUGAGGCUUAUGAAUCGAAAGAGGGAGGCCCUGAUGAUUAUCCAGUGGAACAUUCGGGCUUUCAACACAGUGAAGCACUGGCCUUGGAUGAAGCUCUUCUUCAAGAUCAAGCCCCUCCUGAAGAGUGCCGCCACAGAGAAGGAGCUGGCCAAUCUGAAGGUGGAGAUGGUGGAGCUCAAGGAGGCCUUGGACAAAUCCGACAUCAAGCGCAAAGAUCUGGAGGAGCGGCAGGUCAGCCUGAUCCAAGAGAAGAACGACCUCUCCCUACAGCUGCAGGCAGAGCAAGACAAUCUCUCAGAUGCCGAGGACCGCUGCGACCUGCUCAUCAAAACAAAGAUCCAGCUGGAAGCCAAACUCAAAGAACUCCUGGAGAGGCUGGAGGAUGAGGAGGAGACCAACUCUAAUCUGCUGGCCAAGAAGCGAAAGCUGGAGGACGAGUGUGGCGAGCUGAAGAAAGACAUCGAUGACCUGGAGCUGACCCUGGCCAAAGUGGAGAAGGAGAAACACGCCCUUGAGAACAAGGUGAAGAACCUUGUUGAGGAAAUGUCCGUUUUAGAUGAAACCAUAUUGAAGCUGACCAAGGAGAAGAAGGCUCUCCAAGAGGCCCACCAGCAGACUCUGGAUGACCUACAGGCGGAAGAGGACAAGGUCAACACUCUGACCAAAGCGAAAUCCAAGCUGGAGCAACAAGUCGAUGAUCUGGAGGGCUCCCUGGAACAAGAGAAGAAGCUGCGUCUGGAUAUGGAACGGAACAAACGUAAACUGGAAGGAGAUCUGAAACUUUCUUUGGAAUCUGUUAUGGAUCUUGAGAAUGACAAGCAGCAGAUGGAAGAGCGGCUCAAAAAGAAAGAUUUUGAAAUGAAUGAGAUGAGCUCAAAAUUAUCAGAUGAGCAGUUGUUGGUCAUCCAGCUCCAGAAAAAAAUCAAGGAGUUGCUGGCUCGCAUGGAGGAGCUGGAGGAGGAGCUGGAGGCCGACCGAGCUUGCAGGGCCAAAGUGGAGAAGCAGCGUGGCGACGUGGCUCGCGAGCUGGAGGAGCUGAGCGAGCGCCUGGAGGAGGCCGGCGGGGCCACGUCGGUCCAGAUCGAGAUCAACAAAAAGAGAGAAGCUGACUUCCUCAAGAUGCGGCGGGACCUGGAGGAAGCCCUGCUGCACCACGAGGCCACCACAGCCUCCUUGAGGAAGAAGCAAGCCGACACGGUGGCUGAGCUGAGCGAGCAGAUCGACAGCUUGCAGCGAGUCAAGCAGAAGUUGGAGAAAGAAAGGAGCGAGGCCAAGAUGGAGGCCGACGACUUGGCGUCCACCGUGGAGCAGCUCUCCAAAGGCAAAGCUGCUGCGGAGAAGACGUGUCGUCUGUUUGAAGAUCAACUGAGCGAGGCCAAAGCCAAAUUGGAGGAGCUUCAGAGGCAGCUCAAUGACAGCACCACUCUCAAGGCCCGUGCUCAGGCUGAGAGCGCCGAGCUGGGCAGGAAGCUGGAGGAGCGUGAUUCCACAGUCUCCCAACUUCAACGUGCAAAGGCCACCUUUGGUCAAAAUGUUGAGGAUCUCAAGAAGCAGCUGGAGGAGGAGUCUAAGGCUAAGAACGCCUUGGCGCAUGCCCUUCAGUCAUCUCGCCACGACUGCGAUCUCCUAAGAGAGCAAUACGACGAGGACCAGGAGGCCAAGGCUGAGAUGCAGAGAGCAUUGUCCAAGGCCAAUGCCGAGGUGGCACAGUGGAGGACAAAGUAUGAAACUGACGCCAUUCAGAGGACGGAAGAACUGGAGGAAGCCAAGAAGAAGCUAGUAACACGUCUGCAGGAAACUGAGGAGUCGAUGGAGACCGCCAAUGCCAAGUGCUCCUCUCUGGAAAAGACCAAGCAUCGACUCCAGACAGAGAUUGAAGACCUGAUGAUCGACUUGGAGCGUUCCAACGCUGCAGCUGCCGCCCUGGACAAGAAGCAAAGACAUUUUGACAAGGUGCUGGCUGAGUGGAAACAGAAGUAUGAGGAGUGCCAGACUGAGCUGGAAGGUUCUCAGAAGGAGUCCCGUAGCCUAAGCACUGAGCUCUUCAAACUUAAAAACUCCUACGAGGAGACCUUGGACCAUCUGGAGACCAUCAAGCGAGAGAACAAGAACCUGCAGGAGGAGAUUUCUGACCUGACCGAUCAAAUCAGCCAGGGAACGAAGACCAUCCAAGAGCUGGAGAAAAUCAAGAAGGGUCUGGACAUGGAGAAAAGUGAGAUUCAAGCUGCACUGGAAGAAGCGGAGGGCGCGCUUGAGCACGAAGAAAGCAAAACCUUGAGGAUCCAGCUGGAGCUGAACCAGAUGAAGGCUGACGUUGACAGGAAGUUGGCCGAAAAGGAUGAAGAACUCGACAAUCUUCGCCGUAACCACCAGAGAGCACUGGAGUCCAUUCAGGCCACCUUGGAUGCUGAGGCCAGGGCUCGCAGCGAGGCGGUGCGCUUGAGGAAAAAGAUGGAAGGAGACCUGAAUGAGAUGGAGGUGCAGCUGAACCACGCCAACAGGCAGGCCGCUGAGUCCCAGAAACUCUUGAGAACCGUGCAGGUUCAGCUUAAGGACGUCCAAUUAGAGCUGGAUGACACCGUUCACAAGAACGAGGAGUUGAGGGAGCAGGUGGCCAUGACGGAGCGGCGCAACAACUUGCUGGCUGCCGAGGUGGAGGAGCUCAGGGUUCUACUGGAGCAGAACGACCGGGCCCGCAAGCUGGCCGAGAAUGAGUUGCUCGAAGCCAGUGAGAGAGUCAACCUGCUGCACUCGCAGAACACAGGGCUGAUCAACCAAAAGAAGAAGCUGGAGAGUGAUCUCUCAAUGCUGUCAGGCGAGGUGGAUGAUGCCGUGCAGGAAUGUCGCAAUGCAGAGGAAAAGGCCAAGAAGGCCAUCACCGAUGCAGCCAUGAUGGCGGAGGAGCUGAAGAAGGAGCAAGACACCAGCGCUCAUCUGGAGAGGAUGAAGAAGAACAUGGAUCAGACCAUCAAGGACCUCCAGAUGCGUCUGGAUGAGGCUGAGCAGAUCGCCCUCAAGGGCGGCAAGAAGCAGGUCCAGAAACUGGAGGCUAGGGUGAGAGACCUUGAAAGUGAACUAGACGUAGAGCAAAAAAAGAACCAAGAUCAGCAGAAGACAGUGCGCAAAUACGAGAGAAGAGUCAAAGAGCUUUGCUAUCAGGCUGAGGAGGACAAGAAGAGUCUCAUCCGCCUGCAAGACCUCAUUGACAAACUGCAGAUGAAAGUGAAGGGUUACAAGAGAGUGGCUGAGGAAGCGGAGGAGCAGGCCAACACCAACUUGUCCAAGUACAGGAAGCUGCAGCACGAGCUGGACGAUGCGGAGGAGAGGGCCGACAUCGCUGAAACUCAAGUCAACAAGCUGCGCGUCCGCACACGCGACCAAGGUGGAAAGCUUCCCGAGUGACGAUGAGUCCACGUGAACGUCUCACGGACAAGCAGCUGCGACAGCUCAAAUGAACCGUGUACAGUACUGGCAGACAAAUAAACAUGUUAAAAACUUG